GUUCGCUUCCGGAUUGAGGAGUGUGUUUUGCAGUCACGUUGCCGGAGUCUAAUCUGAGUUUCCAGACAGUUUAAUGCAAGAGUCGGUGACAUUAAGUGAUGAGGUGUUGAUGGUGGAGGUGUAGAGCCCUUAACAAUGGCUCCUUAAUGAUUCUCAGAGAAGCACAGACAUGAAGAACAGAGGUGGCGGCUGGGUGGACGCUCGGCUCAGACAGAGAGUGGAGCAGUAUCUGGCGUCCAGCAGCAGUGAAUAUGUGGACCUUUCAGACAUGGCCAUGGAACUUCAAAGACUACACAGAAUGGAGUAUGGCAGAAGGAACAAGACGGCUUUCAGGAUUCAAGUAGAGAAAGUGUAUGUAGCCAUCAUGAAGGAGUCUGGGCUGGAUCAUCUGGAGAGCAAACAUUUGGCUAAGAGAGCCAAACACAGCCACAAUGACAAUGGUGAAGGCAGCAGCAGCUCAGAGGAGUCCUCCGACACUGAUGACCACGUUCUGGAGAACACUCCCACUAACCACAUGAACAGCUCUCUUACGUCUCUGUACCGGAAGGGAAACCCCGACUCCGCCACCGGCUCACCCCGGAGAGAUCAGCCUGCUGCCGGCAGUCCUGUCAGCACGGCCGCCCCCCCUCCCAGCGCAGGGACACUGGUCUCUACAGGAGGCUGGUUCAUCGAUAAAGGAAGAGGCCCAGAGAAGAGCAACAUCCUCAUCGACCUGUGUGACGAGGAGCCGGCUAACACUGCAACAAACCAGACAGACGUGUCGAUGCUGGAGCCGCAGAAAUCUCACAGGAAGUCUAAAAAACGGACCAAGACCUCCACUGAGACAACGGAGCCUCCAACCAUGAACAAGAAAGCGAAAUCAAAGUCACUGGAGCUGCAGUAUCCCACUCUGAAGUUUGAAGACGUAGGAGGAAACGAGGACACGUUAACGGAAGUGUGUAAGCUGCUGGUUCACAUGCGUCAUCCAGAGGUGUACCAACAUCUGGGAAUGGUUCCUCCGAGGGGCUUCCUCCUCCAUGGGCCUCCUGGCUGUGGGAAGACCCUGUUGGCCCAGGCUGUGGCUGGUGAGCUGGAGCUGCCCAUGCUGAAGGUGUCUGCUCCGGAGCUGGUGUCUGGAGUGUCGGGGGAGUCUGAACAGAAGCUCAGAGAGCUGUUUGACUUGGCUGUGAGCUCUGCCCCCUGUAUCCUGUUCAUAGAUGAGAUAGAUGCCAUCACCCCAAAGAGGGAGGUGGCCUCUAAAGACAUGGAGAGGAGGAUUGUGGCCCAGCUGCUGACCUGCAUGGACGACUUGAACAGCUUGACAGUGACAGCUCAGGUCCUGGUCAUCGGUGCCACUAACAGGCCGGACUCCCUGGACCCUGCUCUCCGCAGAGCUGGACGCUUUGACAGAGAGAUCUGCCUGGGUAUCCCUGAUGAAGCAGCUCGUCUCAGGAUCUUGAAGACGUUGUGUCGAAAGCUGAAGCUGCUGGAGGACUUUGACUACCAGCAGCUGGCCCGCCUCACCCCAGGCUAUGUGGGCGCUGACCUCAUGGCCUUGUGCCGCGAAGCCGUCAUGAAUGCUGUAAACAGGGUUCUGAUGAAAAUAAGAGGAGCUCCACAGAGCCAGAGCCAAAGCUCUACUGAAGAGCUGUUAACGAGCAGCGCUCAGACUGAGGCUGCUGGGACAGACGGAGACGUCGGAGAGCAACAGACAAAAGAUGUCAACCCUGCGCCUCAGGAAGAGUCAGGACAGAGUCUCCUGCAGCAGGGGGAGCUGUAUCACCUCCUGUACCUGCUGAAGAAUGCUGAGACCCUGUCAGGGGAAGAGCUGGCCGGCCUGUCCAUCCUCAUGUCAGACUUCCAGGCCUCUCUGGCCAGUGUGCAGCCCUCAGCCAAGAGGGAGGGCUUUGCCACCGUGCCUGAUGUCACCUGGGAGAAUGUGGGAGCCCUGCAGGACAUCAGAGAGGAGCUCACCAUGGCCAUACUGGCUCCAGUGCGCUCUCCAGAGCAGUUCAGAGCUCUGGGGCUCAGCGCUCCUGCUGGAGUGCUGCUGGCCGGACCUCCAGGAUGUGGGAAAACGCUGCUUGCCAAGGCAGUGGCCAAUGAGUCAGGCCUCAACUUCAUCUCUGUUAAGGGACCAGAGCUGCUCAACAUGUAUGUGGGAGAGAGCGAGCGAGCUGUCAGACAGGUCUUCCAGAGAGGACGCAACUCAGCUCCAUGUGUCAUCUUCUUUGAUGAGAUUGAUGCUCUGUGUCCUCGCCGCUCAGGCCACGAGUCAGGAGCUAGCGUGCGGGUGGUCAACCAGCUGCUCACAGAGAUGGACGGCUUGGAGACUCGACGGCAGGUCUUCAUCAUGGCUGCAACCAACAGACCAGACAUCAUUGACCCUGCCAUACUGAGGCCGGGUCGUCUAGAUAAAACCUUAUAUGUGGGUCUGCCGCCUCCAGCAGAUCGCCACGCCAUCCUGCUCACUGUUACUAAGGGGGGGACCAAACCUCAGCUGGAGCAGGAUGUCAGUCUGGAAGAGAUCGCCUUCGACGAGCGCUGCGACUGCUUCACUGGAGCUGACCUGACUGCGUUAGUGAGGGAAGCAUCUGUCAACGCCCUGAGGGCCCAUCUCAAGUCCCAGAGUUCUCCAGCUGCUUCCUCUGGUCACACGUGCUCCUCCAGCUCCGUCACCGACAUCAGAGUCAGCAAACACAACUUUGAGGAUGCCUUCAAGAGAGUUCGUCCAUCCGUGUCCAAAAAGGACCAGAGGAUGUACGAGCAGCUCAGAGAAUCCCUCAGCAGAUGACCGAGACCAGAACCACCAUCCACCAGUUUAUAGUCAUAUGUCAUGUAUUUAUACACAUUUUACUCUGGAUGAAUCACGGUGCUGCUUCUGCUUUUGUAAUAAAAGGUGAGAGUAGAAACAAA